AUGUCCGAGUCCAUCAAACGCCGUGAAGAAGUCCUCCGGGAGGUCCGCCGUCACAUCGAACAUUACAAAGUCGCAUGGGACCGCAUUGGUCGGUACGGCGGCUCUGGGCGCGCAGCACUCGACGUUCUGGAGGACAUAUCGCAACGAGAGGGCGACAUUCCGUCCAUGGACGAUACCGAGGAGGUGGAAGAGGCUGAAGCUGAGAUCAAGCAUUUACGCGAGAUUCUCAAGACCCUCGACAACCACGACAAGAUUGAGCCACUGUUUGCUGAGCAAGAGAAGCAGAUGCGAGAGGUGUACGCGAUCCAGGCCAACUGUGGCAAGAAGGGAGAGAUCGACAUAGUCGAUGCGAUUAACCCGCUCAUCGAUGGCGCAUACGAGUAUGCCGAAGCUGGGCAGACCCGCCACAUGGGGACGACUCUCGUCAACAAGCAGCACACCAAUUGGGUGAAGGAGAACGCUCGGCGUAAGCAAGAACGCAGGGAGGUCGCGAGCAGGGGCGGACCGUCGCGUCGCAAGACCAGCUUGCUCAGCCACACCGAGGUCGUUCCGCGGACUCCUUCGCCGGCUGCGGAGCAGGCGCUUGCUAAGGCGCGUCGGUCUGGCGGCGGCUUCAGGGCCGGAUUGCGGUACUUCGGCUGGCACUACUAG